AGACUUCCCGGAAGUGAAAGAAGAGUCCGACUGUCCCAGCUGCACAUGUGAGAAAAAAAACCAAACACAGUUAGCUGAUUUAAGAUGGAUUUUAAUGAAGUUCCCGUGACCAGUGAAAGAAAAUCUAAGAAAAAGAAAAACAAAAAGGCGGGGAAUAAACGAGUGAGUGAAGCGGAAAACGGAGAGAGCGCCGGGGUUGAGAAGAAGAGCGAGGAGAAGAUCAUGGAAAACGGCGAGUCUUCGGCUGCGUUUCCUCCAACCUUCAGCGUUUCUGAGAUCAAAAACAAGCAGCGGAGACAUAUGAUGUUCAUGAAGCUGAAGCAGGAGAAAAGAAAGCAAAAACUGCAACUCAGGAAGAAAAAGAAGAAAGAAAGAGCGGCUUUAGGUGACAAGGCGCCACCAAAGGAAGUCCCCAAGACGAUAGAAAACCAGAGAGUGUUUGAUGAGACAACAGUUGACCCUGAAGAUGAAGAGAUUGCGUUUGAUGAAGGAACCGAUGAAUUUUCUGCCUACUUUAACCGACUAACCAAUCCACAAGUUCUAAUCACAACUUCAGACAGACCAAGAGGGAAAACUGUGAGAUUUUGUGAGCAGCUGGCUUCAGUGAUCCCAAACGCCCAUGUUUAUUACAGAAGAGGUUUGGCCCUGAAAAAGAUCAUACCCCAGUGUGUCGCCCGCAACUUCACAUAUCUAAUGGUCGUCAACGAAGAUCGCCUUGUGCCCAACGGAUUGGUUCUUUGCCAUCUUCCAGAUGGACCGACUGCACACUUUAAGGUCAGCAGUGUUCGCCUACGCAAGGAGAUAAAGAGGCGAGGUAAAGAUCCGACUGAACACUCACCAGAAGUGAUCCUCAAUAACUUCUCCACCCGCUUGGGACACACCAUCGCCCGGCUAUUCGCUGCCCUUUUUCCUCAAGACCCAAACUUUGUCGGUCGACAGGUUGCGACUUUCCACAACCAGAGAGAUUUUAUCUUCUUCCGAUUCCACAGGUAUAUCUUCAAGAAUGAGAAGAAAGUGGGCAUUCAGGAGCUGGGGCCUCGCUUCACUCUCAAGCUGAGAUCUCUUCAGAAAGGCACCUUUGAUUCAAAGUAUGGAGAAUAUGAAUGGGUGCUGAAGCGCCAUGAGAUGGAUGCCUGCAGACGGAAGUUUCAGCUUUAAUUUCCAAAUCUGCUAUUCCAGACAAAGAUUUAUUCAUUCAUUAACUGAUUUACUCCUAUUAUUUUUUGGCUUGCAUAUUUUUUUCUUUUUUUAGUUGGCCUGCAGUCUUUAGAGAUUUUAGAAGACUGUUCCAAAUGUCUGUCUUCUGACUGUUCAGGAUUCUCUGCAGCAAGUGUCCAUAAAAUGUCUUUGCUUGUUACAACAUGACUGUGCUUGAGCUUAAGUUGGUGGUCUCAGUUUUCACAAUAUUUAAUCAGAAUACAGUGGACACAAAUAUAUAUAUAUUUUAAAGGUACAUGCAGAUGCAGGGUUCUUGAUGGAAGGAAAAUGUCUUUAGCGCUGAACCUCAACGCUCACUUCAACACAAAUGAUUAAAAAAAGAAGUUAAAAC